CCGUCGUGACGUCAUUAAAGAAUCAAACAAUAAACGAAACCUACAGAACCGAAAAGGAAAUCUUCCUGGCUGGUAACUCCUUACGAACGAGCUUCCGAUCUCUACGGGAUAUUUACAACAUCCCCCAUUAGCCACAUAUCUGAAUCAGGAUGUCAGUGCAGUUCUCCGGCUGGGAGGUGAUUGACGAUGGUGCUUCUUUUCCUGGUUUGGAGCUGAACUCGUCCCAGAAACCCAGAAGCAGGGGCGUCUACACCAUGUACCACGGGACCAGCAUCAAAAGCGCACGAGUCAUCAUUGCCAAUGGUUUUAAACAGUCUUCAGAUGGCAUGCUGGGAAUGGGCGUGUAUGUCAGUCGUAAUAUAAAGAAGGCAUCGGGUUAUCCUUUGCUAUGUAGUCCUACAGACCGUGUUGUCCUUCAGUUACAUGUGCGCGUGGGCCGUGUCAAGCGCAUUGACAAGGACAACCAUCCCAUGCAGAAAACAUGGCACUCACAUGGCUACGACACUGCUUGGGUGCCCCCUAAUAUUGGCCUCCUAGCAGUGCGCAGUGGCCUGGAGGAGGACUGUGUGUUUGAUCCCAAAAGAGUGAAACUGGUCGGCAUCGCAAAGGCACCAAAUGAUUCCAUACAGAAAGAACUUAAAGGGCUGAUCAAAUCAUCUGGAAGAGGGGGUGCUGGUGCUGCAGAGGUGUGUUCACUGUGUAAGAGAAAGACCCAGCAGGGCGCUCCACACAUCAAGCAGAAGUGCUGGGAGUGUGGGAAAAACAUCUGCAUUCUCAUGUCCAAGCAUCUUUGUCCAGCCAAACCCUGACGGGGUGAGGGAAGGGGGGAUUGAUGAUUAGAUUUGACUCUCAUAUUGACUUAUAGUGACAUGUUUAAAUAUGUACUGCUCAAUGUGUUUUGGGGAUCUUUUGUAAGUUAUCUAUAACAUCUCAAUCCUGAAUUGACUGUCAUUUAAAGUAAACUGUAGCUUUUUCUUUUUAUAGUUCUACGUAUUAUAUAUUGUAUUGAUUACGCUCUCUUAAUAGUAUACAAUUUGUAUGACAUGCAAAGGACACAUAACACAUUACAAGGAAAAAAUAUUUUUUCUCUCCAACAUUUGACAUUCAUUUUUUUGUGAUAUAUUUUUAUGUAAAACAUGGGACUGAAAUAAUUUGCGAAAACUCAAGCCAAUAAAUGUCAUUGUAAUCUAAUCAAACCCA